ACACAUCUCCCUCCGCUGCCUUGCAUCUUUCUCUCUCCCACACCCCUCUCCCUCCACCACCUACACUCGCCCCUCUGUUGGCCAAAAUUGAUUGCAUAUCCCACCACUAACCACAUGCCCUAGCGGCAGUGGUGCCGGAGGCUGCCACCCCCUUUCCCCCAAGCGCAAUAAGCUCAGCCUCGAAGGCCUCUACCUGCACCACACCUGCCGGGGCCCAAACGCCAACCAGCAAUCUCUCAUCAACCCUCCCAAGAUGGGCGAGUUGGCCGUUAACAACUGGACUGUCUUCGACGGGCCAGGGUCUAACGCCAAGCUUGUUGCACGGGCACAGGGCCUGCACAUCAAUGCCGGUGACUGGCACCUUUCCUACAGCCUAGUGUUCGAGAAUGGAAGCAGGUACCCAGGAUCUACGCUACAGGUGAUGGGGACUGGCAAUGAAAAAGGAACUGAAUGGGCUGUUGUUGGCGGAACCGGAGAGCUUGGUAUGGCGACCGGAGUCAUCCACAAAAGGCUUCAUGAGCACAACGGCGACGGAAAUGUUUUUGAACUUACUAUCACAGGGUUCUACUUCUUGCAAAAAGACCAAUCGCAGCCUAAAGCCCAGAAGCUUGAGUCGUGGGGUGGAAGUGGAGGGUCACCAAAGGACAUCACGGAGCCGCCAAAGCGCCUGCAAAGCAUCAGCAUCUCGAGUGCCACGGUCAUCGACUCCAUCGCCUUCUCUUACACUGACGAAGCUGGCAAGGAGCAGUCCGCAGGUCCAUGGGGUGGUGCCGGUGGCACUCUUCGAACGAUCCAGCUUGGAGCAGAUGAGUUUGUGAAGGAAGUCUCAGGAACAUACGGGACGUUCAAGGGCGCCACCGUUAUAACCUCGCUGAAAUUUGUCACCAAUGUCCGGACCUGGGGACCUUGGGGAGAGAAGUUCGGGACCAAUUUCGGCGGCCCUGUGAAGAGCGGCCAUGGCGUCGCAGGAUUCUAUGUGAACGCUGACAAGUACGUCGACAAGAUUGGCCUCUACAUUCACCCUGUCUAACUCUCAACAACAGACGGCCAGUUUCUAGAGGCCGACGUCUUCUGUUGGUUUCUGCAUAAAUUGCGACUCAAUAGUCAAUAGUGCAAAAAUAAAUCAGACGGCGAUCCUCGAUCUCUCAUGCUGAUGAUCGACAACUAUAUUGUUGGUACCUUGUACUCCGUGAUCUAUAUACACUACCGGAAUU